GUGCACAGCUGUUAGUUUACAGUGAAGGUCUACAGGAAGCGGCAGCCUUGCUUUGCUGUGUUUCCUCCUCCGUGCUAACAACUCUGCACUGAUGUUGCUGAUUCCCACUAUGAGGUUCCACCGUUACUUUCUGGUGUCCGCUUUGUUUCUAAGCGCCGCCGCUGAUCCACAAGCCCCAGAGGUCCAAACAAAGCUCGGCAGAUUGAGAGGACAAUAUGUGAGCGUUAAGGGGAAGGAGACGGGUGUCCAUGCCUUCCUGGGCAUCCCCUUUGCUAAGCCCCCCCUCGGUCCCACCCUCAGACUGGCUGCACCUCAGCCCCAAGAGGGAUGGUCAGGACUGAGAGAUGCCACCAAGCAACCCAAGAUAUGCAUUCAAGAUAUGGAAGUUGUUAACAGUCUGAUUGAACAGCUCAGUGGUAUGAUGGUGGAUAUCCCAGAUGCUUCAGAGGACUGUUUGUACCUCAACAUUUACACCCCUGCAAAUAGAGCACCUGAUGCUAAGCUCCCUGUCAUGGUGUGGAUCCAUGGUGGAGGCUUUGCUCUUGGUUCCGCUUCAAUGUUCGAUGGUUCUGCUCUGUCUUCCUACCAAGAUGUAGUUGUGGUUCUAAUCCAGUAUAGGCUGGGACUUCUGGGCUUUUUCAGUACUGGAGAUGAACAUAUUCCCGGGAACCUUGGACUUUUAGACCAGGUCCAAGCCCUGAGGUGGGUCAAGGAGCAUAUUCAAAACUUUGGAGGAAACCCAGAUUUGGUCACCAUAUUUGGUGAAUCUGCUGGUGGUGCCAGCGUUUCACUUCUGCUUCUUUCUCCUUUGUCUGAUGGCCUGUUCCACCGAGCCAUUGCUGAGAGUGGAACAGCUGCUAUGGAUGCGCUUGUUGGAAAAGAUCCUGUACCAGUUAUGCAGGCUGUAGCAAAUGCCUCUGGUUGCAGCAUUGAAAGCACAGAGCAGAUUGCUAAAUGCAUUAGAAACCUGGACAUUGACACCAUACUGGCAUUAGGGAAGGAUCCAAAUUUGAGAUGUCCUGUAAACAUUGAUGGACAUUUCCUGACUAAACCUGUGCCAGAGCUGUACCAGAAUCAUGAACUACUCAAUUUACCAUUCAUGACCGGGAUUAAUAAUCAUGAAGGAGGUUUUAUGCUUGCCAGUCAUUUUGGUUCUCCAAACUGGACAGAAGGAAUGGAUAAAGAGUCAAUUGGAAACAUGCUGCUCAUGUUCUUCCCGCUUCCUGAAGCUGCACCCAUCAGAGAUCUGAUUAUUAAGGAAUAUGUUGGAUCUGGUGAAGACCGCAUCAGAAACAGAGAUGGAUUCACUGAGCUGCUCGGGGAUUUCUUAUUUACCUUCCCUGCCAUUAAAUCAGUGAAUGCUCACAGAGAUGCGGGCGCUCCUGUGUACUUGUACGAGUAUCAUCAUGCUCCCAUGUUCCUGCAUAAAAAAAGACCCAGCUUUGUUAAAUGUGACCAUGGCGAUGACAUGUUCACAGUGCUGGGAUACUGCUUCACAACUACGCACGUAAAAUUAGCUGAUCCAUGUCCCAAAGAGGAGGAAGAGUUUAGCAAAAUCAUGAUGAGCUAUUGGGGUAACUUUGCUCGCACAGGGUCUCCUAAUGGGGAGGGUCUUGUCAACUGGCCUAAAUAUGGAGCAGAUGAAAAGUAUCUGUCUAUUGACCUGAAGAACCAGGCGUCUGCUCAGUUCCUCAAAAAGGAUCGUUUCAUCUUUGUAACUGAAACUCUACCAGAGAAGAUCAGGAAGUUUGAGGAGAACAGGGUGCAUGCCCCAGAGGUCCAAACAAAGCUCGGCAGAUUGAGAGGACAAUAUGUGAGCGUUAAGGGGAAGGAGACGGGUGUCCAUGCCUUCCUGGGCAUCCCCUUUGCUAAGCCCCCCCUCGGUCCCACCCUCAGACUAGCUGCACCUCAGCCCCCAGAGGGAUGGUCAGGACUGAGAGAUGCCACCAAGCAACCCAAGAUAUGCAUUCAAGAUAUGGACAUGGUUAACAGAUUGGCUGAACAACUCAGUGGUAUGAUGGUGGAAAUCCCAGAUGCUUCAGAGGACUGUCUGUACCUCAACAUUUACACCCCUGCAAAUAGAGCUCCUGAUGCUAAGCUCCCAGUCAUGGUGUCGAUCCAUGGUGGAGGCUUUGUUCUUGGGUCCGCUUCAAUGUUCGAUGGUUCUGCUCUGGCUGCCUACCAAGAUGUAGUUGUGGUUCUAAUCCAGUAUAGACUGGGACUUCUGGGGUUCAUCAGCACUGGAGAUGAACAUAUUCCAGGGAACCUUGCACUUUUAGACCAGGUCCAAGCCCUGAGGUGGGUCAAGGAGCACAUUCAAAACUUUGGAGGAAACCCAGAUUUGGUCACCAUAUUUGGUGAAUCUGCUGGUGGUGUCAGCGUUUCACUUCUGCUUCUGUCUCCCUUGUCUGAUGGCCUGUUCCACCGAGCCAUUGCUGAGAGUGGAACAGCUGCUAUGGAUGUGCUUGUAGGACAUGAUCCUGUACCAAUGAUGAAGGCAGCAGCAAACGCCUCUGGCUGUAACCUUGAAAGCACAGAGGAGAUUGCUAAAUGCAUUAGGAACCUGGACAUUGAGACCAUACUGGCAUUAGGGAAGGAUCAAAAUUUGAGAUUUCCUGUGAGUGUUGAUGGGCACUUCCUGACUAAACCUGUGCCAGAGCUGUUACAGAAGCAUGAACUACUCACUGUGCCAUUCAUGACUGGCAUUAAUAAUCAUGAAGGAGGAUUUUCUCUUGCCCAACAUUUUGCUCCUCCCAACUGGACAGAAGGAAUAGAUCGAGAGUCGAUUGGAAACAUGCUGUUCAUGUUCUUCCCGCUUCCUGAAGCUGCACCCAUCAGGGAGCUGAUUGUUAAUGAAUAUGUUGGAUCUGGUGAAGACCGCAUCAGAAACAGAGAUGGAUUCACUGAGAUUCUUGGGGACUUCUUUUUUACUUUUCCAGCUCUUAAAGUGGUAAAUGCUCACAGAGAUGCAGGGGCUGCUGUGUACUUGUAUGAGUAUCAUCACGCUCCCACGUUCCUUCAGAAAAAAAGACCCAGCUUUGUCAAAUGUGACCAUGCAGAUGACAUCUUCACUGUGCUGGGAUACUGCUUCACAACUACCCAUGUAAAAUUAGCUGAUCCAUGUCCCAAAGAGGAGGAAGAGUUUAGCAAAAUUAUGAUGAGCUAUUGGGGUAACUUUGCUCGCACAGGGUCUCCUAAUGGAGAGGGUGUUGUCAACUGGCCCAAGUAUGGAGCAGAGGAAAAAUAUUUGUCUCUUGACCUGAAGAAGCAGGUGUCUGCUCAGUUCCUCAAGAAGAAUCGUUUCGACUUUGUGACCCAAACUCUGCCAGAGAAGAUCAAGAAGCUCGAGGAGAACACAGAGCACAGCGAGCUGUAGUAUAGCUUUGGGGCAGAGACGUUUAAAUGUUAAUUUAAAAAAAUCUAAUCUGAUACAGGCUUCCCAGUCUGUCUAAAACCGUGAAUCGGUUUGUGGCAUGGAUUUAAAGUCAUACACUGUCUGUGAAUUAAUUAGCUAAUUAUUGGAAAUUGAAAUAUGUAUUCAAGUUUAAUGAAAUAAAGUGAAGAUAGAUUAGCAAUUAUAAUAUUACAUUUCUAUAUGAAUCUAAAAAGUGCUCUUAUGUUGAACACCAAGUCUCUUUGGU